AUGGCAACAGAUGCAGAAGACAGCGCACCCGUCUUCUGGAGGGCCACUCGUAAAGCGAGAUCUCUACGUUGUGGGCAAACGCGAGAUGCAUGGGCACGCGAAGUCGCAGCGAUGACCGAAGAGCUUGCGUACGCCAACGCGCAGCUGAAUACCUUCGCUCCCAUCAAUGCACUGCCAGACGAAGUCCUUGCGCGCGUCUUUGAGCUUCUGGCUCCCCUCGACCCCAUCAUGGCUCGAAAUCACACCUGGGGAUGGGUCUCCGUUACACACGCCUGUCGCCGCUUCCGAGCCGUAGCUCAUAACCAUGCAACUCUUUGGUCUGAGUUGUCCGUCGAUGGAAAUACUCCCUGGAACCUGUUCUUGCCAAAGUCACGGCGGACUCUUCUCACGAUACGAGGUGAACCAGACUGGGAUCGGCGAAUAUCAGCACGUUACUACCCUACAUGCACGAUGCAGAACAUCGACCGCUUGCAGCACCUCGAUAUCCAAGAGUUUGACUUCGCUGACCCGGCAUGCACCCUUUGGCUCAACGUACUCUCCACCGUGGCCCCGGAACUGCUGUCUCUAAAGCUUGAGGUGGACGACCUUGCCGAGCCACCGAGAGAUGGAUCGCUAGUUCAAUGGCCAACAGUGAGCCCACACUUCCUCUCUCGAGACGCGCCGAAGUUGAGGGAGUUCAACAUGUCUGGCAUACGAAUGACCUGGAAGCUUGAUAAUCCCAUCAUGCUUCGCUCCCUACUCCUGGAAUGGCGGGACGCUACCCUUCCGACCAGUCAAUCACUCUCUGAAGUGUUAGAUUGCCUAUCGAAUCUCCCUCUAUUGGAAGAGCUUGUGUUAUGGGCAGUGCUCCCAGAGGCUACAGUCGAUAGCGCUGGGCGGCACAUUGUUCUCUCCCAUCUUCGGCUCCUCUUCUUAGAAGAUCACAGCGGGCCAUGUCUUGCGCUAUGGGCAUCUAUACAAGCACCCUCCCAAUGCUCUAUCCGCAUCAGGCUUGUGACAACCGACGACGCGGGGCAAGCUAUGUUACGAUCAUUGAUCAAACAACAUCUCGCAAGGCCUGAUUGCCCCGUUUAUCAGCGCCUGCAGGUUGGCGAUUCAGAACGUGAUCGCUCCUCUGAUCAUUCCACUCAGUUCUCUCUGCACACCGCAGUCAGUACGGACGAGGCAAACAACGUAGCUUCCAAGCUAGUGAGGCGCCACUCCGCCACAUACACGAUCGAUGCCACGCCAAUGCUCGCUUUCAACACCAUCCCUCAUCAGGUCGUCCCAAACCACGCCACGGCAUUUCUCGGCAUACUGGACUUAUUCCCCAGUCAACCGAUCCGGACUCUGCGUCUGACUCAAUGGCUGCCGGUCACAGCAGGACAUCCAAACCUGAUCGCGUUUGUCACAAGCCUUCUGUCACAGCUUCCAGCCCUGGAGACGAUAGAGGUCCGAGACGUGGACGGCAGGUCCAGCAAUACACGCUUCUCACUCGGUCAGGCUUUCUGCCUUGGCUUUCUUCAAAAUCACACUUCGCGCUCUACGGCGGAGAACGUUGAUGCUGACUUCCCGGGGUGUUAUCUUCCUCAGCUUCAUACUCUUUCGCUAGAGCAAAUCUACUUGGAGUUCCAGCCUUCAGACGACGAUUGGGCCACGCUGUUCGCCGUCCUGACGGAAGCCCUUGAGCAUCGCAUCAGAGCGCAUGCUCCACUACAUACGCUCAAGCUUUCUCGCAUGUACCUGCAAGAUGGUUGGCGUGAACAGUUGGGAGCGCUAGUUUCCCACAUCGAGGAGAGGGACGCCGUGGACGCGCGUGGAUUUCUCAUAAGGCAAUGA